AUGAUAUUAGCAAGCAAAGAAGACAAUGUGAUAUGUUUGGGAGAGAAUGAUGAUAAAACUACUAGUCGUACUACUAGUAUUUCUGUUCAUCAACUCAGAAUUCCAUCAUAUUCUUGUAAACAAAUAUUCAACAGUCUAUUGUUUACCAGCACUGUCGUCUUUUGCUUCGUAUCAUCUAGUCCAUUCCUUACAGAUGGUCAAGCGUCAUCCAAGCCUGAUGAAUUAAAUGUAACACUGAGUGCAUUAAAUUCCGAAGCACUGUCAAACGCUUCAUUUGACGGAAGAACACUACCAUAUCCAACAGAUAUCUAUUCACAGAGUCCUUUCUCGCCAAAUAUAUACCCACCAUUCCCAUUUAUUCCAGGACCAUAUCCGUGGGUGAAACAUGAAAAUCGAUGGUGUAUUCUAGAUGUCUUUGAUUAUUUAUGGUGCCUUCACGGAAUUGUUCGUCAAAAUUCUUCAUCUAAUUGA